CGGUACGCGAACCCAAAGCACGCGCGCGUUCGCAGUUCAAUUUAAAAUUCGAAGCGGAAAAAAUACGACCAUUGAUAUUUAAUUAAAAUUUUCUGACAUAAAAUCAAAGUUAUUCGUAGUGGCAAAAUGAGAGUGUUCGUUGGAUUGUUUUUAUUGGCAAGCUUAUCACCAUGUUUAGCAAGAUCUCCAGCCCUGAUUCUUACACCGUUAGUGAAAAAGAAUCUACCUGAACAAGCAAGAAAUCUUUCUUUAGUGGAUCCAAAGUUAUUUUAUAAUAGGACAAGUUAUUCCGGAUUCUUCACUGUCGACGAAAAGUAUAAUUCGAAUCUAUUCUUUUGGUACUUUCCCGCGGAAAAUUAUAGACCGGAUUCUCCAUGGAUAUUGUGGUUGCAAGGAGGUCCUGGCGCUUCGAGUUUAGCUGGACUCUUUGACGAAAUAGGGCCCUUCGAAUUUAAGGACAAUGAAUUGAAAUUGCGCAAGUCGACAUGGGGAAGAGAUUACUCGUUACUAUUCAUCGACAACCCUAUAGGAGCCGGCUUCAGUUUCACGGAUCAUCCUGACGGGUUCAUACAAGAUAUGGAGACGUGUUCAAGCCAUUUAUACAACGCGUUGAGACAGUUCCGGCACGUGUUUCCCGAGGUCGCCAAGGCUCCUUUCUACAUUGCCGGGGAAUCAUACGCUGGGCGCUACCUUCCUGCUCUUGGCGUGAAGAUUCUUGAACAAGACCGCAAUAUCGGUCUCCUGGAUGUGAAUCUACAGGGUAUAAUAAUGGGCAACCCAGUACUGAGUCGGGACAGCAUAGCGGACUACAGCUCUAUCUUCUACCAGUGGGGUUUGAUAGACAGUCAAGGACUCCUGGCUGUCAAACCGCUACAGGACGAGUACAACAAAGCGGUUGUCAGGGGAGAAGCCCAAAAAGCUACUGAUCUUCGAGAAGAGCUUCUGAACAAGUUAGAUGACAUAUCUAUGCAGCAGCAAACCUUUAACAUCCUCGUGGACAGCAUCAACCACCUGGAUGACUUUGUGGAGUUCAUUCGGAGACCUGAAGUGAGCGAGGCCUUGCAUGUCGGCACCAUACAGUUUGCAUUCCACAAUGGAACAACGCAUAAGAGGCUAACACCUGAUUUCUUGAGCGAAGUCAGGUCAAAGGUGGAGAUGCUACUUAAUCAUUACAGGAUACUUAUUUAUUGUGGUCAGAUGGACUUGACAGCUCCUUGUGUGCCUAACGCCAAAGCGCGGAGGAAGCACUGGCAUUGGAACAAACGCAAUGAGUUCCUGAACGCGUCGCGCACCCCUUGGUGGUUCGAUGAGAGAGUUGCUGGCUACGUCAAGAGCGGGGGCAGUCUCACCGAGGUGUUAGUGCGCGGGGCUGGUCAUUUGGUCCCCAUGGACAAACCAGCAGAAACCGCACAACUGAUCUCCUACUUCAUCAGAGGUCUAGAACUGCCCCUACCUCCGAACUACCACGUUGUUCCUCAAGACACCGCAGCGUACAUCGAUGAUGACCUUGAAGGCAUUUCGAAGACCAUAUUACAAAUACCUGGGGAUCCUCCCUCUGGUACUCAAGCUGUGAUGGUAGUCAGUUUAGUUCUAAAUGUCCUUUUAAUCCUUGCUAUCGUCUGUGGAGCCGUUUAUGGGUUAAGAUGGAAAAGACGAACGGACGCGUACAAUUACAAAACUGUUGACGAGACCAGUAUUACUACUUCUACUAUGUUUUAAGCAGGUUGUCAUGAGAUUAAGACAGGAAUUGUCAUAUGGUUGUGUCAAUUUUGGAUGUUGGUAAAUGCUCGAUUCCUAUAAUUAGUUGUUAGAAGUUGUUUUGGUAAUUUAAUCAUCAUCAUC